UAUAUGAGCAAGAACACAGGGAGAGCUAAACUUCAAUAACUAGAAAAAAAAUUCAGCUAAAUGUUGUGAGUAUCGUUAGUAUCAAACAGAAAUAUUAAUUACUGUAUAUAAAACUUGAGCAACAUUCCUAUACCCAGAUCUCAAGGUCCCCAGAAUUUCAGUUUUAUUAAAAUAUUUAAUAAUUUCUUUUUGUUUGUUUAUUGUUCUUAUCUUUAUCCAUAUCCAAUGCAAAUGGUGUGAAUAAAGUUUCAUGAAAUGCUGCUCGUCAUCAGGGCUUUUUAUUCUAGUUUCAUCAUGGGCUUUUUGUGUUUUGUAUAGAUAAAACUAAAAGACAUGUAUUAAAGUUAAAAGGGGAUAGUUCUAUAUAUAGAAGUGGAGGGCUUGCUUUAAUGGAUGCUGAUUCCUGGACUUACUUUUUGUUUGUCCUGUUGGAUGUUUGUUUUGGUAUGAGAAUAUAAAGGUGGUGGAAUGAUGGUUUAUUCACGUGCCACUGGCUCCUCUUUCUUGUUUUUUGGCUUUCAUAUAAGCUUUUGAUGGUCAUGUAAUUAUGCUUAGAAGUUGUGGAGAAAAGAUGGAAAAUUUGUUUGUUUUUCUCUGUGGAGUGGGAUUACUGGUUUUGAUCUUGUUGCAAGGCUCUUCUGCUACUCUUUCUCCUUCUGGAGUUAACUAUGAAGUUGUUGCAUUGAUGGCCAUUAAAAGUGAUAUUAAUGAUCCUCACAAUGUUCUGGAUAAUUGGGACAUGACAUCGGUAGAUCCUUGUAGUUGGAGGAUGGUCACCUGCUCUGAUGGCUCAGUUUCUGCUCUAGGUCUACCUAGCAAGAGUCUGUCGGGAACCUUAUCAUCAGGGAUUGGUAACCUCACUAACUUGCAGUCGCUAUUAAUGCAGAAUAAUGCCAUUUCUGGCUCUAUUCCUGCUUCUGUGGGAAAAUUGGAGAAGUUGCAGACACUCGAUCUCUCCUCCAACAAGCUUCACGGUGAAAUCCCUAGUUCAUUUGGUGACCUUGGGAACCUGAAUUAUUUGCGACUAAACAACAAUAGUCUUGGGGGAACCAUACCUGAAUCUCUGUCAAGAGUUGGUGGUCUCACUCUGGUGGAUCUGUCUUUUAACAAUUUCAGCGGUUCUUUACCAAAACUAUCAGCCAGAACUUUCAAGAUUAAUGGCAAUCCUUUACUCUGUGCCGAAAAUUCCAUUAUCAACUGUUCUGUUAUCUAUCCAGAGCCUGUGUCCCUUCAACCAGAUGAUAAAACUGAAUCUGGAAAAAAGGACCACAGGCACAUAGCUAUUGCCCUGGGUACAAGUAUUGGUUCCACUUUUCUAAUCAUAAUAAUCAUUGGGUCCCUGGUAUGGUGGCGAUACAGGCACAAUCAACAGAUCUUCUUUGAUGUUAAUGAUCAAUAUGAUCCCGAUGUAUGCUUGGGACAUAUGAGGAGUUAUGCGUUCAAAGAACUUCGAACUGCAACUAACCAUUUUAGCUCCAAGAAUAUCUUAGGGAGUGGAGGAUUUGGUAUUGUUUAUAAAGGUUGCUUAAAUGAUGGGACUAUGAUAGCUGUCAAGAGGUUAAAGGAGUAUAAUACUUUAGGGGGUGAAAAGCAAUUUCAGACAGAAGUAGAGCUCAUAAGCUUGGCCCUACAUCGGAAUCUUCUCCGCCUUUUGGGAUUCUGCACAACAGAGAAUGAAAGGCUUCUUGUUUAUCCAUAUAUGGCAAAUGGCAGUGUGGCCUCUAGAUUAAGAGAUCAUGCCCGUGGUACACCAGUCCUGGAUUGGUCAAGGCGAAAGCGGAUAGCUUUAGGUACAGCACGUGGAUUAUUUUAUCUACACGAGCACUGUGACCCCAGAAUUAUUCAUCGUGAUGUAAAGGCAGCCAACAUUUUGUUGGAUGAAGACUUUGAGGCAGUUGUAGGUGAUUUUGGGUUGGCAAAGCUAUUGGAUCAUCGAGAAUCCCACGUGACCACAGCAGUCCGUGGUACUGUUGGCCACAUUGCUCCGGAGUAUCUGUCAACAGGUCAAUCAUCAGACAAAACUGAUGUUUUUGGUUUUGGAAUCUUACUUCUUGAGUUAAUCACGGGUCAAAAGGCUUUGGACUUUGGUGGAGCAGCAAAUCAAAAAGUUGUAAUGCUUGAUUGGGUAAAGAAACUCCGUCAAGAAGGAAAGCUAGAACUAAUCAUAGAUAAGGAUUUGAAGAAAAAUUAUGACAAGAUUGAGUUGGAAGAAAUUGUGCAGGUAGCCCUUUUGUGUACACAAUUCAAUCCUUCUAAUCGUCCAAAAAUGUCAGAAGUAUUACGCAUGCUGGAAGGGGAUGGUCUAGCAGAGAAGUGGGAGGCCUCACAGAGAGAUGAAACGCCAAGGUACCGGAAUUCUGAAACUCCUAAAAUCUACGAAAAUCCUGAGAGAUAUUCAGAUUUUAUAGAAGAGUCUUCGCUUGUGGUUGAAGCAAUGGAACUUUCUGGUCCUCGAUGAAAGAACUUAUUACUUAGAAAUGCUCUGCAGAUCAGUUAUGCAUAUAGGUGAACGUGAAACUACAAAAUGAGAAAUAGUGAUUUGGUGUUAGCUGCUCAGUGGUUGUAUAAUGAUGUAGAAAUAGAAACUUGAGAUCUAGAAAGGCAAUUUGUGUAAACAUGUAUUGUACUUAUCUGUUGAAUAUGGUCUAGUUGAUUAGAUUAGAGCUUCUAUUAAAAGUUUAUACGUUGUGAGUCUAUGCAUGGCAAUUUGCAAACGAAUUGAAAUUAGUUCAUCAAUGAUGUGAUUUGACUCGUGAA